AUGGUUCUCAAACUCUAUGGCUCUGCUAUGUCCACUUCGCGUGUAUUGGUCACAAUUCUAGAGAAGGAAUUACCAUACGAAUUCAUUCUCAUUGACAUUGCGAAGGGUGAUCAGAAGAGCGAGGAGUACAUGAAGCUGCAGCCUUUUGGCAAGGUGCCUGUGCUGGAGGAUGAUGGAUUCUUGAUGUUUGAAAGUAGGGCUAUUUGCAAAAAAUAUCCUUCUGGAACAAAGCUCGUUCCAGAGGAAGAUGAAAAAGCAUAUGGGCGCUUUGAGCAAGCCUGCUCUAUCGAACAAAGCUAUUUUGCCGCCGCCGCCGAAACCAUAGGAACUGAGCUCAUCAUCAGACCAAAGAAAGGACUGGGUUCCCCUGACGAAGCAAGAGUCGCACAAGCCGAGAGAGACCUUGAUACAGUCCUCGCUGUUUAUGACAAAACUUUGGCUAAACAGAAAUAUCUUGCUGGAGAUGAAUUGACUUUGGCGGACCUCUUUCACUUGCCCAAUGGGGCGGCUUUAAAGGCAGGUAGAUGGAAGGAGGUUUUCGAAAAGUACCCGAAUGUGGACAAGUGGUUCAGGGAAUUGCAAAAGAGAGAGACUUGGGUGAAGGCUGCCGCAGAGGCAGGAACGAUACCAUGA